AUGACAAAUUCAAAAUCAAGGAAUUGGGAAGACUAUUAUUUUAUGGGCUUAGAAGUUUUCUAUAAAGAGGAUGGUGUCAUCACUUCCCAGAGAAAAUUUUCCUUAGAUCUACUGAGAGAGUAUGAGUAUAUUUAUUACAGCAGUCUCAGUUCACCCAUUGAUCUCACUGUCGAACUGAAAGCCAAAGAGGGUGCAGUCUUAACAGAUCCUUCAUCCUGUAGGACAGUGAUAUGGAAAUCAAAUUUCUUCACAAAUACUAGAUUAGACAUUGCAUACAGUGUCCAGCACCUCAAUCAAUUCAUACAAAACCCUAGAGAACCUCACAUGAAAGUUGCUAAUCGUUUACUUAGAUAUCUGAGAGGUGAUCCUAUACUUGGGAUCGUUUGUCUAACAGUUCUGGUUGCACCAUCAGGGGAUAUUGUGACUCAAACUGGCAGUAUGUCUGGACGCUAG